GCACAUCCUGAAGUAGCUCAGCCUUCGAGCAAGGGAAAAUGCCACCUGAUUCGAAAGAUCUGCCCUCUUCAAAGGACAAGUCUCCUUCGGUUCAUAGAUUACAUGCUACAGAUCUAGACAGAAUGAAGGGGAUUUAUCUUGGAGAAGAAGAGCUUAGGGGCUUUGACAAAUAUAAGGUAACUCCCUUUUGAUGCAGGCUUGUUGAUCGACAGUUAUCGUAAAUCUGUUGCAAUCACAUAACUUUUUGAUCUCUCUUUAAUUUAGUACAAAUCAGAAGAUACUUCGCCUCUUUCAAACUACAUAACUCAUCCAUUUUGGAAUUUCGUCGUUGAGGUAGGCAUUGGAUUGUGGACAAUGUGUUAUUCCGUAGGGUUUUUGUUCGAGCAAGCAUGAAAAUUCAGUUCUCUUAUUUCACGCCGGUAAUAAACAAUGACAAAUCAAUUGGUUUUUAGAGCUCAAGGUUAGUAAUGGUUUUUUCAUAAGGAAUUAGUGACCUCAGAUGGUGGAAAUAAAAAAAAGACAAGUCAAUAUUGUUGAAAGCAAAUGAUGGCAUUCAUGCUAAUCUUUGUCAUGGGGGGGAGUGGCAUGUUUGCAUAGUUAAUCCUUAGGGGGGCUGGUCAGGGAUGUUUGCUAACCUGUCAGCUGCUUCUAAAUCUUGGGAUUGUUUAUUAAACAAAUGGUUAUCUUUUUUGAACUUGGUAAUUUCUUUUUCAGUUAUCUGGGAAAUGAUCUCCUUUGCUCAGUUGAAGUUUACUUCUAAUUGGCAGACAUUUUGAAGGCAUAAUAAAAUAUUUUAGAUCAUAUUCCCAAAAAUAUAAAACUGCAGUAAAUUUUUGAAACUGGCAUUUCCAAUAGAGACCUUGAGUUGAUGCUGAAAUUUUCAAGUAUAACUAGACAACUUCUCACAUAUGAUAUUUGAGUAUUUUACACUGUGUCAAUAUUCCUUACAUGAAUUACGAUCAUUCUUGCCAUUUGUCAACUUGUCUAUAGACAACUCACCCACAGGUUAAGUAAAUGUGCCCACAUCCUUGGUCAACUCAUUUGCUUUUCUUGACAACUUGCCCACCUCUUAGAGUUUAGAUAUAAAAAAUGGCAAAAGACUUGUGUCAAACAUUGAUCAUCAUAUCUGAAAUCUUUAAGUGGCCAUAUUGAAAGAAGACUUGGGCAAGGUAGACAGGAAGGUGGGCGAGACUGACAUUUGAACAAGCUGAUUUUGAAAUCUGAGCAAAACUUUUGAUGAUAACACAUGCAUGAUACACUGAGUGUGAAAGGAUUGUUUAGGUAAAGUCAGUUAGUCUCUUGUUGAAUAUUAAAGACUGGCAAUGCAAGAGAAUGACUGAUGUCAAAUGAUGUAGUUUCAAUGCUAUAUGCCCACAGAACAGUUAAAUUUCUCACUAGAUUGCUAUCUUGUCAAUUAUAAUCUCUACAAAAGGAAACAUUUUUCUGGACUCCCCUUCAUAAUUGUGACAAAAACUGUAGACAGUACAUAAUCAGAAUUUGUUACUAUGUUAUCAUAAAUGAGGUGACUGUGGUUUUUUUCUGUUUUGUCUCAGUUUUUUCCCAGAUGGCUUGCACCCAAUGUGCUCACCUUCAGUGGCUGGUUGUCCCUGUUCAUGAUCUAUGCUGUUACGUGUUAUUACGACCCCCACUUUACAGCAGCAGGUGAAAAGGACAAGAGUAAACAAAUUCCAUCAAUAUGGUGGCUUGUCUUUGCUGUGUUAAACUUUGCAGCUCACACCCUUGAUGGUUGUGAUGGCAAACAGGCUCGAAGAACAAGCAGCAGGUGAAUUUAAAAAAAUUUAUAAAACAAAUACAAAUAGAGAACCUACAUCAAACAAGAAAAUUGACUUUUGUUUAGAUUCUUGAGGAGAUAAUUUUUAAAUCUUUGAGGAUUUCAAGAUAAUAUUGAUAGACCUUUCACAAUGUUCUAAAUAUCACUGUGGAGUUUUCCAAAAUCAACUGGUACAAGUUUUUUUAAAAAUUUUUUGUAUAUAAGAAAUGUGUGAUUUUCUUCUGGUAUGUCUAUUUCAGGGCAGUUAUUUGAUUAUUGUGCAGCUAUAGAUCCAUAAUUGUAUCAUCAAUCUUCUUCUAUUCAUUUUCAGCUCUCCACUGGGCGAAUUGUUUGACCACGGUCUGGACAGUUCAGCAGCAUUUCUUAUUCCUAUAAGUUUGUUUUCACUCUUUGGUCAUGGCCCUCACAGUGUUACAUUGUGGGAACUUUAUCAACUGAUGUUGGCCUGUUUGCUGGGAUUUUACCUGGCUCAUUGGGAAAAAUACAACACUGGGACAUUGUUCUUGCCAUGGACUUAUGAUGCCAGUCAAAUAGUGAGUUUUUUUUACCGUGCUGUGGGCUUUAAGUUAGAGUCAACUGGGUGUCAGCUAUGAGGUAAUUAUUUCUAUGCCACACCCCACAUAGCAAGUUGUUGGUGACAGAAAGCGGGAGGGGGAAAUGCACUCAUAAGUUUUUUUCAAUGAAAGCCAUAAUUAAGUUUAUUUUUAACAGGUUGACAGUUGUUAUGUAAAAUAGUCAUUGAACAGCAGACAACAUUGGACUUCAGAGAUAACUGAAAACUAAUAACUAAAUUUAUUUUGACUUCUUGUAGGCAAUUUCAUUUGUGUACCUCCUAACAUUUUAUUUUGGAGUAGACAUGUGGAAAUUUCAAAUAAUAGAAGGUUUUCCUCUAUGCUUCGUAUUCCGUUUCACAGUUUAUGGUAUGUAUUUGUCCAUAACAUUAUAAUUGAUAGUAGCACAUUACAGGUAGAAUCAUGCCUCAGGUUUUAAAAGGAGCCUUUGAAGUAGACCUUUAGCACUGAUGAGAUACAUGAACUGAAUAAAAUACUUGUUUAUAGUAUACAAAAUAAGUGGUUUGCAAAAUUUUUAUGGCAUGUUCACUUCUGAAUCUGUAUUUUCCCCUCCACUUCCUCAUUGAAGCUAACAACAGUCAAUUCCUUUUAGUUGCAUGACCCUAUAUUUCUUUUGAUGUUAUUGUUACUGACUCCUGUUAUCAUGCAUGGAGGUACUUUGAAAGAUUUUUUUUCAACUAGUCUGAAGUGAUUUAUUAUAUAGGGUUGUAAAAGAGAUUCUUUUUUUGUGGGGGGUUUCUUACUGGUAAUGGGGGUUUACCUGUUUUGUUGUUGUUGUUGUUUUUUAAUUAAUUUUGAGUAUCACUUUUCCCUGGAAAAUAAAGGGUCGAAAGCACCCUAGAACAAACCUCUUUUACGCCAGUUGUAAUUUUUUUUAAAGUCUGGGCAACAGACAGGAACUAAAUAUGAGUUAUUUAUUGGUCUUCCAGGAUCAUCAAUUGUACUCACUCUGGCAAUGACAUUGUACAAUAUGUACCAGUAAGUACAUUUUUAAUGUUGGAGCAGUUCUUGAUCAUGUGAUGUAAAACCAAUCCCAAAGUCAUCAUAAUUGCUCAUUGGAAAAAAGGGACAUCUGAGUCAAUCUUUUUAAGUCUCACUUGUUGAUCUUUCCUGUGCUUCUGAGUUGGGCUAGAUUGUGAAUCCCUUAGCUUACCAUGUUUUUCUUUCCAUAGGGCUCGUGUUUCUAAGACAGACCGAGGUUUUUCAUUAUUUGAAGGACUUCUCCCUCUGUUGUCAUUCUUUCUGAUGAUUUUCCUCUUCUACACAUGGGCCAUUCUUUCUCCUGCCAACAUCCUUGAAAUCCAACCACGUCUAUUUUUUACAGCUACUGGAAUUGUGUUCUCUAAUGUGACGGUAAGGUGCUUCACAUGUAGUGGUUGAAAACUGUUACACUUCAUUUCCAAAAGUGAGAGAUGUGCUGCCUAAUGUCUGGCACACUGGAGAAUCAAUUGAGAGGUCAAUGUUGGUGGUAUUCACACACUACAUGCCCUUUUAAAACCCAAUGUCCUUCUCCCCUGCCCAGUGAUGCUGAAAGUCCCACACUGUAUCUGAUCUCUUGACCUUUUCAUUUGUUACCCUUGUCAGCCAGACAAACUUUUAGUGGAGAUAUUAAUAUACACAUAAAUUAAAGUUUUUUAGCUCAAAGGUAGCAAUACAGGUUAAAUAACAUUUUGUGAUCACAGCCUUUUACCCCUUCUUUUUCAGUCUCAGUAACAUUAUUGAUUUAAUUUACACUGUCAAUUUGUUUUAGUGCCGACUGAUUGUGAGUACAAUGACCAGCCAGAGAUGCCAAGCUAUCAAUGCCAUGUUACUUCCUCUGUUUGCCUUGACAUUCAUUGUACCUUUUACCAAAUCAGUUGACAUGGAGGUGGGAAUUCUCAGUCUCUACACUGGGGUUGUAGCUAUUUGUCACCUGCAUUAUGGAAUUGUUUUGGUGAGUAGAAAUUGUCACAGCUUGGUUAUUAAAACUGGAAGAAGUAAAGCCUUGAGAAUGUUUCACUGCCCUCUGAAAGAUGUACUUGCAAGUGGAAAAAUAUCCUUUCUAGAUGACUCAAAAUGAUUACCAGAAAUUAAACACCAAUAAGACUGUGAAAUUAAACAUCCACUUUCAAAAAAGUGGACUUUCCAUGUGUUCUCUUAUCUUUACCCUUACUAGUCAAUGUCAGCAACCUAUAAAUUGAAAAUAAAAUCUAAAUUCAUCAUGCUUUUCCUAUUUCUGCUCCAUUUCUGCUUUCUCUUAAUGUGUAACCACUUUCAAUUUUUAACUUAGUAGUGUUUUCUUUUUACUUUAGGUUCGUGAACUGUGUAAUCACCUCAACAUCAGCUGUUUCUCUCUCACAAAAUAGAUGAGAUAAAUUGGAAUUACGAACCUUACAAAUACAACCUUGUAAGAUUUCCUGCAUCUUCCCUGAGACAUCCUUGUGGAUUUCUAUUCUCAGCUCAAUUAGAGCUGAAUACUGCUUUGUUGUACUGUAGAAAAAAUCUUUUGACAAUGUGCAGGUGAGGUAGUCUCAGUAUAUAUAAUAUUCAUUAAGUAGGGAUCCUAAACACAGACAAGUCAACAUUAGAUGGUACAACCCCCUACAAAAGUAAUUGUCACAUGACAUUCAUGCAACCACUUUUAAGGGAGUACUAGUACUGUAGAAUUUACUGCAGUUUGCUACAAUACCUUACUUUCUCAAUUUGAUAUUAUACAAUCACAGAAAACAAACUGAAAGUGGGGGGGGGGGGCUAAAUGCAGAUCAAGGAGCCACUAGAAGCAGCAGAGUAGAUCAACAUACUGUUCUGUUGAAUUUUUUUCAAGAAGCAAAGUCUUGUUUCAUCUUUCUUGCACUUUUUCUUAUUGCUUUCUUGUAAACCUUCUUAGGAAACUUCCUUUAAAUCCUCAUACAGCUAUGUGUUACCUAGGGGAAUUGUGACAUCUCAAAGGCAGAAAAAAGCUUCAAAUUAUUGAAUCAUUUAUUUGUUUGCAAGAUACAUGAACAGUACAGAACAGGGUUCUAAACAUUGCACUAUUUCCAGCAGGAUAUAAUUCAGUUAUUUUAUUGAAAAUUCUUCCCAAAGCAUGGUGAAAGGUGAAAAUCUUCAGUUCUAAAGAGAUACAGGUUAUCUUUGUAGCUAUCCAUUUAUUAAAGGGAAAAUUAUUUCUUUUUAAAUUUUUCCUUGAUACCAAAUCAUUCAUUUAUUUAACAUAUAUCUGUAAAAAAUUCUGUAAAAAAAAUGUAUCUGGUAGACAUAAUUCUUGACUUAUGAAAUAUAACUGGGUGUAAGUAGUUUUUUGGGUAAAUAUAAGUUAUCUUUUCAUUCAACCCUUUAAAUCCCAAGAUCUGAUAAUUGAUUCUCCCCUCUUGCUACUACACAAUUUCGCGGUAAUAAGUUAUGAGAGUUUGGUGUUAAAUCAGCUUCAACUUUCAUGGUCCCGUAAAGACCUCGCAAUUAAACUGAUCAUCUGAAAUGGAUUUUCUUUACAUGAACUAGUUUAAUUUGCUGCUAGUCAAAUAAAUGAGAGUUUUAAUAUAUUAAAUACUCUUGGUGCUAGUGGUAAUUGUUACAUCCUAACUCUUUAAUAGAGUUCUGCCUAUGAUCAGGAUCUUUUCAUUUGAAAAAGUUACAGGAUAUUGUAAGAUGUACAAUUUGGUACUUUAUUGAUUUAAGGCAAAUGUUGCAGUUAAAAUUGUCAGUGG